GCUCACGUGACUGGGGGCGUGCUGCAGCCGCCAGGGCAGACCCGGCGAGAGGCGGCGGAGGGAGCGGCAGUGAUGGACGGGUCCGGGGAGCAACCCAGAGACGGGGGGCCCACCAGCUCUGAGCAGAUCAUGAAGACAGGGGCCCUUUUACUUCAGGGUUUCAUCCGGGAUCGAGCAGGGAGAAUCGGGGGAGACACACCCGAGCUGGCCCUGGAGCCCAGGGUGCCCCCGGAUGCAUCCACCAAGAAGCUGAGCGAUUGCCUCAAGCGCAUCGGAGAUGAACUGGACAGUAAUGUGGAGCUGCAGAGGAUGAUCGCGGCUGUGGACACAGACUCCCCCCGCGAGGUCUUUUUCCGAGUGGCGUCUGAAAUGUUUUCCGAUGGCAACUUCAACUGGGGCCGGGUUGUUGCCCUCUUCUACUUCGCCAGCAAACUGGUGCUCAAGGCCCUGUGCACCAAAGUGCCCGAGCUGAUCAGGACCAUCAUGGGCUGGACGCUGGACUUCCUUCGAGAGCGGCUGCUGGGCUGGAUCCAGGACCAGGGUGGUUGGGACGGCCUCCUCUCCUACUUCGGGACGCCCACGUGGCAGACAGUGACCAUCUUCGUGGCGGGAGUGCUCACCGCCUCACUCACCAUCUGGAAGAAGAUGGGCUGAGGCCAGCAGCUGCCUUGGACUGUGUCUUUUCUGCAUAAAUUAUGGCAUUUUUUCCCAGGAGGGGUGGGGAUUGGGGGCCAGGGGUCUUUUUCUUACUUUUGUAAUUAUUGGGGGUUGGGUGGGAAGGAGUGGUUUCGGGAGGGGUCAAUAAACCUCU